AUGAACUCGGGAAAAUCUCGGAAAAGGAUAAGCGUGCGCUUCAGUGGUGUUGACCAAGACGAUUUCCUGUCCUUCACUGAGCCAGCAACCCCGAAUAUCACUGAACAAGCGGAGCAACUCAAGAAGACAUUCUCAUUCGAUACGCUCUAUAAACUCAGCAAUGAUACAAAACACCGCGAUUCCCUACAGCGCAACGUUCUCAGCAGCGUCUGGAGACCCAAGAACCAGAAACCGAGGAGACCCGAAGAUUUCGAAAGACUUAUCGUUUUCGCUACAAGAGGCGCUGCACGUACUUUUAUGCUCACUUUCGGUAUGCGCUCGAUGCUUAACGUCGUCCUCGCUUUGGUUUCGCUGGUGAAAGCGAGGAAGGUCACUGGAGCUCUUCUCCGCAAAUCUCUACUCACUCUGGAGCCUAUUCGCUUUGGUCUUCAGUUCGGCAUUUUCGUCUGGUUGUGGCGCUUUACGCACCACGCACUCAGGAUGAAGGAUGGCGAGCAUAAACGUUGGCAUGCCUGGGUCGCUGGUGCUGUCUCCUCGCUCGGCUCAUUAGCGGAGACCCGCGGCAACAGAUUGGCGCUAGGCCAGCAGCUCACUGUUCGUGGUCUUCAGGGUAUGUAUAGAUCGUGCAAGGCUCGGAACUGGAUCAGUAUCCCCCAUGGUGAGUUUCUCAUCUUCGGACUGGCAUGUGGACAGAUCAUGUAUGCGUGGAUCAUGUCACCGGAUACUAUACCGAAAGCAUACAAUGAUUGGAUACAACACGCUUCAAAAGUCCCCCCAGAGGCUAUCCCAAUGCACAGGCAGCUCGUCAGAACGGGCAGGUACGAUGCACAGACGCCCCUAACAUCUUUGUCGCAGAGGAACCCAACUCCGAAAAACCGACUUAGGUUGUUAAAAAUGGUCCAAAACGCGCGCAGUGAAAAUGGUGAAAGUUUCGGUAACUUUAGCAAUGUCAGUAACGCGCUACUUCCCUACAUUCCACCAGCAGUCCUCAAUCCGUGGAUCGAGGGAAUUUUCUCCAUGGCCAUUGAGCGCUUCUACAUGAUUUUUCUCGACAUUCUACCCGUAUACGCCUCGUUGCAUUUCAUACCCGCUCUUACGUUCAAACGCAACCAAUUCAAACAAGAUCCCGGCGAAGCCGUACUUCGGACGACCAUGUCUAGUUUCAGAUCGUCUGCAUUCCUUGCGACUUUCGUCGUUAUCUACCAUACCUGGUUCAGUGGUAAGCAUGCAGUAUACCGUAAACACAGAGAAAGACUUCCGGAGUGGCUGGCCAAGUUUCUUAUCUCAAAGCAGUCGCUAUGGUUUGGAGGUUUUCUCACAUGCGCCUCGUUGGGUGUAGAAGAAAGCAAACGUCGCUCAGAACUCGCUAUGUAUGUUCUCCCUAAAGCUAUGGAAAGCGCCUGGAUGACUAUGAGACGCAAGAAGUGGGUUCCGCAUUUCCCUUUUGGUCCUGAAUUGCUAGUCGCUUUCGGUACUGCUUCUCUCAUGCAGGCUUACACUCAUGAAUCGCCUCAAGUCAUGUCUGGGCUGGUACACACACUAAUCUAUCAAUUUAUUGGGAAUGUGUAA